CUGCCAGCUAACGAGUCGAGAAACGAGAAACGAGAAAAAUAACUAUUUGCAAUCUAUACGCCGUUUAUUGGAACAUGAUACCAGCGGUUCGGUUUGUCCCAGUUGUCGCAUUUCAUUCGACAAAGGUAAACGACGAAAACUAAUCGAUACUUGUGGUCAUGAACGUUGCUAUUCCUGUAUGUUCCGCAACGAUCAGUGUCCGAUGUGCAUGAAUAGUUCGCUAAAAGAUGUCGAUUGCAGCAAUGCCCAAGGCUAUGACACGGGCAUUGGUGGUUCAACAUCAACGAUUGUAAGCCCUCUGGGCUCACCACAGCCUCAGUUGAGAUCACAAGUGCAACGUACAAAUGCAGCCGCUUUGGCUAGAUACAUGCAGCAUAACCGGCAGGAGUCUAUAUCACCUGAAUAUCAUCGUUAUGCCAGUAUUGGUAAAUUACCCAAGGCUGGUGUUGUGGCAGCAGGCAACUCAACAACGUCCUCAUCAUCAUCAACAUUGGCAACAACAACAGCAACAACAGCGGCAACAGCAUCAGCAAAAGUUGGUUUACAACAAUAUACCGUUACAGCGGAUAUUCAUAAUAACAACGGUCUCAUCAGCCAUGGUCAUAACAACAACGGUACAUCAUCAUCAUCGUCCAUCAUUUCAACAAACAAUGGCCACAGCAACAACAAUCAAACCACUACAACAGCCAGCAACAAUAAUAAUGGCCACCAUCAUCACUACAACCAUCAACAUCACCAUCAACCUUUACAUGCUACAAAUGGUGUUGGUAAUGGUAGUAGUGGUGGUGGUGCUGCUGCAACUACUACAACUGCCACAUCUAAUAACUAUAGCGAAAUUCAUGCUUCAUCAUUUGCCACACCACCGACACGCCGUCGUUUUUUCAAUCAUAAAAAUUUGCGCAACGCUUUAACCGGUGUCAGUGGUGUUGUUGCCGGUCAUCGUCGUACCGCUUCGAAUGGUGGUGGUGUUGGUAGUGGUUGUCCCAUUGAUACAGCCUCGAUAUUAUCAGAAGGCAAAGAAACGAAUGCUUUAAAUACAUCAACCUGUUCGGACUCGGCCGUAACACGACGCAGACGCAAGAAUGUCAGUAAUAAAUUAACCUCAUCAUCAUCGGAAUCAACAACGGGCAGUGAAAAUCGUUUAAAUCGUUUAAGUUUGGCUGGCACUUCGGUGUAUGCUGGUCAUUUGUCAUCGUUAGUUUUGGGCAAAAUUAAAUCGCUUUGGAGUGUAAAUUCAAAUUCAGCAGAUGGCGGCUUAAAUCAAUUUACAGGAAGCGAUCAUUUGGUUAAUGACCAUUGCAUUUCGGCUGCCGAGAAACAAAAAGAUCAAUUGAGAGCCCGUUUGGGUUUGCUGUUGGAUCAUGAUCAAAAUGGCAAUACCAAUACUACCACCAGCAGCAGUUCUUCUCAGAACAUCAGUCCAGAACAAACUUUGGCCACUGGCAGCUCUGGUCUUUCGGUGGAUCAUUUUGGUGGCAGUCAAUUAUCGGUGGCCACUAAAGAGGAUACCUAUAGUUUAUGCGGCAAAUUGAAGGCCUGUUCUUUAACCGAUAGCAAUGGUUAUGAAGUAUUUCCGGUAAAGGCUCGCAAAGCAGUGGCCAGAAGAUCGGCUCGCUCGGCUCAAUUGGGUGUGAAUAAUAAACGUAAUGCUAUCUAUAAAUCUUCAUCCUCAUCUGUACAACCUGCCAUUCAAUUAGCAUUGAAACCUUUGUUCUUUGAGGUGCCUCUACAAGAGCCAGAUCCACCCUUCAUUGGACGCCAAUGGUUGAUACGAGAACUAUCGAAUACCUUAACUGCCACCGAAACCCCAGGUGUAUUGAUUAAUGGCAAUCCAGGCACAGGAAAAACUGCCUUUAUUUUGCAACUGGUGGAAUAUUCCUGUUUUGGUAGACGCAAAAAUACCAAUGACAGUGAACCAGAUGGCAUCUACUAUCAAAUCAGCACUGCCAGUGAUCGUAUGCGGGCCUUGGCCUCCUAUGUAGUAGGCUAUCACUUUUGUCAAGCUGAUGCUAAUCUAACAUGCUUAGUGCCCGAUUUUGUGCAUUCUCUUGCCGCCCAAUUAUGCCAGGCUCCCCAGUUGGCUGCCUACAGGGAUUAUCUGCUUAACGAGCCUCACCUUCAGGACAUUUUGAGUGUUAAAGAGUGUAUUGCAGAUGCUGAACGUGUUAUGCGCAUGGCCAUUUUAGAACCUCUAACAAUACUUAAGAGAUCGGGUAAAAUACCCACUAAAACUUGUGUCAUCUUGGUGGACGCCUUGUGUGAGGCUGAAUAUCAUCGUCCUGAUCAUGGUCACACUAUUGCCACUUUUCUUGCCAAAAUGACACAAUACUUUCCCUCCUGGUUGAAAGUGGUGGCUACGGUGAGAACCCAAAUGUUGGAGUUUGUCAAGGGUUUAUCGUAUACGAAAAUGACCUUGGAUAGCUGGGCCUCUAACGAUCUGUUGCAAAAGGAUAUGCUGGACUAUAUAACGUUCCGUGUUAAUAAUAGUACGGAUAUUCAAAAAAAUGUGGCGGUGAUUAAGGAUCACAAUACCGGUCAAUUGAAAUUCAUUGGUCAUUUACAGUCUUUAACCAAGGGCUCCAUGUUGUAUGCUAAACUCAUAUUGGAUCUUAUAGAAAGAGGACAAUUGGUUAUUAAGUCCACCAGCUAUAAAGUGUUGCCCGUAUCUUUGGCUCAAAUAUUUUUGCUGCAUUUCAAUUUACGUUUUCCCACCUCGUGCAGUUUUGAAAAGGCUUCACCGAUUUUGAAUGUUUGCUUGGCAGCCUUGUAUCCCUUAACACUAAAUGAGAUCUAUUACACCAUUUGUUCCAUGAAAACUGAUGAGGUUAUGCCCUGGGAUGAAUUUUUACAAAGAUUUAAACUAUUAGAUGGUUUCCUUAUCAAGCGUAUAGAUAAUACUUACAUGUUUUUCCAUUCCUCCUUCCGGGAGUGGUUAAUACGUCGAGAUGAGGGUGAAUCACCAAAAUUCUUAUGUGAUUUCCGUUUAGGACAUGCCGCCAUAGCAUUCCGUCUAUCACGUUUGCAGGCUCCUUUAGAUGCAGAACAAACUUUGGAAUUGGGUCAUCAUAUGCUUAAGGCUCAUAUCUAUCGCAACAAUCAAGGACCCCAAUCUCCUAGAGACAUGCAAUCCUUUUGGAUUUCAUCGGUGGCAGAUAAUAUCUCCGCUGCUUUGGGCUCUUUACGCAAUGUCUAUAGUCCAAAUUUGAAAGUAUCUCGUUUGAUUCUGCUAGCCGGAGCUUCUCCGCACUAUCGCACCGAAUUUAUGGGUGAUGCCACUAUAUUGUGUAUAGCUGCUCAUGAGGGUAUAGUACCCAUGGUUAGUUUAUUGCUGGAAUUUGGAGCAGAUGUAGGUCUCACCAAUAGCCAAGGUUGCACACCCUUAAUAUUGGCCGCCAUGAAAGGUCAUUGUGAUGUUGUACGUUUACUUGUGGCGGCCGGCAGUAGUUUAGGUCAAUGUGAUACCACUCAAAGGUGUGCUCUAGUCCAGGCCGCCCGCAUGGGUAGAUUGAAUGUGGUUAAAUAUUUAUUGGCCUGUGAUUGGACACCACGACCCAAUUCCUCGGAUGUUACUUUACCAGCGGCUUUACAUCAGGCUUUAAUAGCAGCAGCUUCACAGGAUCAUAUUACUAUAUUAGAAGAUCUUUUAGAUAUGGAAGAUAUUGACAUCAAUGUAGUGGAACCUACUUCGGGAGAUUUGGCUUUGACCUCAGCCGCCCGCAAUGGCUGUUUAAAUACAGUGGAAAUAUUGCUGACAAGGGGAGCUAAUAUAGAUUUACACAAUAAACAUGGUUUUACGGCUUUGGGUUUGAGUGUCAAAGAGGGUCAUUGGGCUGUGGCCGAAAAACUCUUACAGAGUGGUGCUGACUUAGAUGAACCGGUUACCUCGGCUAGAAAGACUUCUUUGAUGAUAGCGGCCGAAGAGGGUCAUCUGGAAAUAAUGGAACUGUUAAUAGAACGCGGAGCCAGUUUAGAAACUCAAGAUCAUGAAGGUUUUACUGCUCUCUCAUGGGCCUGUUUAAGAGGUCGACAAACAGCCGCCAAAAUACUUAUAGACAAGGGAUGCAACAAAAAUCAUGCCGACAAUAAUGGACGCACCGGUUUAGAUUUGGCUGCCUAUCAGGGUUCAGCCAGUCUAGUGCAGUAUUUAUUAGAACAAGGUGCCAAUAUAGAACAUGUUGAUGUCAAUGGCAUGCGUCCCUUGGACAGAGCCAUAGCUUGCCGCAAUAUACAGGUGGUACAGGUAUUCUUGAGAAAAGGUGCAAAACUAGGACCCACCACUUGGAGUAUGGCGAUGGGUAAACCGGAAAUCUUAGUGGUUUUACUUAAUAAACUAUUGGAAGAUGGCAAUGUACUCUAUCGUAAGAAUCGUUUUCAAGAGGCUGCCCAUCGUUAUCAGUAUGCUAUAAGGAAAAUUUCGAAUUUGGAAACAUUGCUAGAGAGAAGUGCUAUAUUUGCCCAGUUGAGAACAAAUCUAUUGUUAAAUCUAUCCAGAUGCAAGAGAAAACUUAAUGAACUUGAAGAAUCAAUAGAUUUGGCAACACAAGCUAUAGCACAAAAACCCAAUAGCUAUGAAGGUUAUUAUGCCCGAGCUAAAGCACGCAUGGAGCAUGGUGAUCUCAAUGAGGCUUUGGUCGAUGCCAAUGAAGCCAUGCAAAAGGCUGCUCAAACGGGAGUCUUAAGCGAUGUAGUCGAAGUACUAAAACGUAUACAAUCCGAACUACUAACACGCAUAACAAAUGAGGGACGUAAUCAAACCUCUACAUCUUCGUCCGGUUACGAAGUGUGCAGUGGUGUCAUUAGUGGUGGUUUAGGUGCUGCAGCCAAUUGUACCAAUGGUGCCUUAGAAUCUCAACAUGAGAUAACAGAUUUGUAGUAGAGUUCUAUAGAUUUAUGUUGUUUCUAUUUUAAUUUUUUAAGCAUAAAACGAAAUAAAAAAAGUUUUUUCUUAAGAAAAAAUAACAGAAUUUAUAAAUUUUAAUUAUUUUACGUUUACUUUGCGCAAUUUGU